AACAUUCGAACCAGUCUCUCACCGCCUCAUAGCCCUCAUCUUGAAGACUACGCUUUUAACAACACCCCAAAAUCAAACACUUAUCAACGUCAACAUGGACGCCUUGGUACUCCGCAAUGAUGUGGCACAGCUUCGCCAUAGAAGCCAACAAGUACUCUCGACACUUCCAAUCGUCCCCAAAGACCUUCCAGAAAUGCCGGAGAUUGUCUCGGAAGGCCCUGGACAAUUCAUGCAAAACAUUCGCGGCGUUCUCCGUUAUCUCAAGAAAGUCCGUAAAGCCUUGAAGCGUGCGGGUGCCGACGAAUCGUUUGAGAAGCUCGAUUCAUGGCGGCGAGCGGUCACGAAUUGGCACGAUGCCGUCCAAGAAUCUCCGGAGACGUUUGUCGAAUACGAGAGGACUGGGAAGAUGCCUAUUCCAAAGAUCACCUUGGAAUGGUACUCGUCUCUCCGCUCCCAGCAACAGACUCUGGUUCCUGGUCACUCUGAUGUUUCUUCAACACUCCACGAGUCUUCCGACGAGUCUGCGCCGUCCAGUAAUGCCGAAACCGUACACGAACAUGAAGAUUCAACCUCCCCAGCCUCAUAUGAGUUCACCUUCCCUGAAACUGGGGCUGCACCUUCAGAGGUCUACGUGUUCUCUAGCGCUGAAUCAUCAUCGCAGGAAGAUGAGCAUCUGGAGGGUCAGUCUGACUCAAAUGUCGAAGAGUCUGUGCCGCCUAUUGCCUCUGAUCAGGAACCAGAGCACAAAGUUGUUCUGACAAAAGACAACGAUGUUGCUACCGUGGGUGGUGGGGAAGAAGGCGGCGUUGCCAACGACACUAUCACAGCCGAAGGCAGUGCGUCUCCAGAAGUUGAUCCACAAGAACCAGUCACAGUCAAAGAGCCAGGACACGAAAUUGGCACCUCAACCUCUGCAAAUUCGUCUGGGUUCACCCUCCCUCAGACUGGAACUGGGCUGUCUCACGUCUUCGUGUGGAUGGCUUCUCAAGAGCCAUCACAAGAACCUGUCGUCGCCAAAGAACCUGAAGGAGAAGUUGCUGCCAUCGCCGCUCCGAGUUCAUUUGGAUUCACACUUCCCCAGACAGGGACUGGCCUUUCCCACGUCUUCCCUUGGUUGGUCUCUCACAAGUCGUCUCACGAAGAUGAACAUUCUGCAGGCGAAGACCAAGAAGAACACCAACCUCUUGUCUCAGAACAGGAAUCGGGCGAUGGAGUUGUUGUAGCAGAGGGCGAUGAUGCCGCUACCACAACCAGUGAUGAAGAAGGUGCUCGUGUCGAAGACAUUGUCCCUGCUGAAGCGAGUGUGGCAGGCGAAACCAAUACACAAGGACCUGUGACCACUGAUCCAGCACUUCAGGACAGCGUUGAAGCACCGAUUGAAGACCCAGUCUGUGAGGCGUCGAACAACGGUGGUGAUCAUACUGCAGACUCCCAAAACUCCAGCCGUGACAUUGAGUCCGAACGUGCCGCCAAACCAGAUCCCUACUCGAUGGGCGAUGAAGUCAGUGCUGUGGACGACUCGACCCUCAUGGAGGAUCUCACCUCCGAGGCAGAGAAAGCAGAGGAGGAGUCGGCAAUCUUGCCAGAGGGCUCAGCUGGUGUUGCAGAGCUUGCAGCCGAUUCGAUCGCCGUCAAGUCCAACGACAAACUCGCCCUGUCCACUACUACAGCAGCAAACGGCCAAGCUUGCAACGACGACAAGACAACAACAACAACAACAACUGUACCGUUGCAUUUUCCAAAACUCUCACCGACCUCCGUACUUGUCAGUGCCACCGCUGGUGCAUUCAUGGCGGCAAGAUUCCCCGUCGUCUCUGCCUGCAUGCUGUAUGCCGGCAUUGCAUACGCAAAGUACAGUCUCAACCACUAGAGACAUGUAACGACUCCGACCUUUCCUUUGUUAUUCAAGUGUCAUUACGGUGCGGUCUGCAACAACACGUCAGACAUCAUCUUCGGUUUCUACGAUUAUGAUGACUACUGUAUGAAUACGGCACUCUCGGUUUUACACGACUUUCGGUUGUUUUUACUACUCUCGGUUUCUCAUUGCGACUUUCGGUUUUCUUGAGGAGUUUCGGUUUUUCUCAUUACGACUACAACGUAUGAUUACAGCACUCUUUAGUUUUCUCAAUGGGACGACAAUUGUUCGAGUACAGCACGGUGUGAAGCGUGAUGUAGACGGAUGGACAUGGUAACUGG